CAAGCCGUGUUUGUUCCGGGGGGAAAGAGAAGGGUUAACCGGGGGAAAAGGAACCCACCGGCACGCUUCUAAAGCCCACUUUUAACAAGCUGCCCGACACGCGUGUAACAAGCCGAAACCCUUCACUCGGUCCAGGGCUCGGGAGUGGAGCUUCUUCUCCCCCGCCGUCGCGUCUUCCUCGUCGGACAUGCGAGGAUGUCCUGGCCGCUAAGGAGCACCAGAGGUCAGCGAGACGGAUCGAUGCGGUUACCCGGGAUAAAGUAGAGCAAAAACGGCCACACUCGCCUCGCCUACUCGGUCUCUCCAACCCCGAAGACUCAGGAUGUGGAGAGCCAAAAUCACUCGGAUGGUUUUUGCUUUAAGUCUGGGAUGCUUCGUCGUGGUCAUCUUGUACUGUAACAGCAAUAUCAGAACAGCUUCGGAGCAAACCGGGGAAGGAGGCAUGAGGCAGAAGCCCAGGAGGAGUCCUCUGCAGACACUUUAUGAUGGUGACCAGGCUGAGUCAGCAGUCCAGGCCAUCCAUCAGGGCAGGCGGGAGCUGCUGGAAGAGGCCUGUCGCUCCUACACCAGAAAACGUCGAGUCCUGAUCCAGGAGGACCUGAAGCACGUCCUCGUGGACGACAAGCACGGCCUGCUGUACUGCUACGUGCCCAAGGUGGCGUGCACCAACUGGAAGCGGGUACUCAUGGUCCUGACGGGCGCCGGCGGAUCUCACCGGGACCCGUUGGCGAUACCGGCGAACGAGGCGCACGUCUCGGGGAACCUCCGCACCCUGUCCGAGUACUCCGCCUCCCAGAUCAACCAGCGGCUGCGCUCCUACUUGAAGUUUGUGUUCGUGCGCGAGCCCUUCGAGCGGCUGGUGUCGGCGUACCGCAACAAGUUCACGCGGAGCUACAACACCGCCUUCCAUAAACGCUACGGCACCAAGAUAGUGCGGCGACACCGGGCCCACCCGCAGCCGGAAGCUCUGGCGAAAGGCGACGACGUCUCCUUCGCCGAGUUCGUGUACUACCUGGUGGACGAGGCCACCCAGAAGGAGGAGCCCUUCAACGAGCACUGGGAGCGAGUGCACUCGCUGUGCCACCCCUGCUUCAUCCACUACGACGUGGUGGGCAAGUACGAGACGCUGGAGCAGGACUCGGACUACGUGCUGCGGCUGGCCGGGGUGGAGGACGAGGUCCGCUUCCCGGCCUCGUCCAAAAGCACCAGGACUACGGGAGACAUGGCGGCGCAGUUCUUCCACAACAUCAGCCCUUUCUACCAGAAGAAGCUGUUCAACCUCUUCCGCAUGGACUUCCUGUUAUUUAACUACUCUGUGCCGGCAUACCUCAAGUUUUGAGACUUGAAGUUGUUCUUCCACGGGAUAAGACUACAAACGUCACGGUAUGUAUGAUCAGGGUUGGCCCUAAGCUUUUUAGUAGGGAUGUCCGAUAGUAUCGGACUGCCAAUAUUAUCGGCCGAUAAAUGCUUUAAAAUGUAAUAUCGGAAAUUAUCGGUAUCGAUUUCAAAAUUAUCGGUAUCGGUUUCUAAAAGUAAAAUGUAUGACUUUUUAAAACGCCGCUGUGUACACGGACGAAGGGAGAAGUACAGAGCGCAUACUUGCCAACCCUCCCGGUUUUACCGGGAGACUCCCGGUAUUCAGCGCCUCUCCUGAUAACCUCCCGGCAGAAAUUUUCUCCCGACAAACUCACGGUAUUCAGCCGGAGCUGGAGGCCACGCCCCCUCCAGCUCAAUGCGGACCUGAGUGGGGACAGCCUGUUCUCACGUCCGCUUUCCCACAAUAUAAACAGCUUGCCUGCCCAAUGACGUCAUAACAUCUACGGCUUUUAGAGAGUAGAGUGCACAACUGCGCACACAACAAGGAGACGAAGCAGAAGAACGAGGAAGUUACAGACAUGGCGACGCCGUCGACGAGCAAGAUGAAGAAAUACGCUUGCAGGUUCCAAAACGAAUGGAAACAAGAAUUUCAGUUCAUCCAGGACAGUUCGAAGGGGAAGGUGUAUGUUGCCUGUACAUUUUGUAGAACAGACUUCUCCAAUGAACACGGUGGCCGAAAUGAUAUACUCAGUCAUGAACGGAGAAGUUAAACAGGACAAUACUGCCAUCUACUGGAUAGCCUCCGGAACACUGAAAUUCAAGUAUUUAUUUUAUUUAUAUGUAUAAUAAAAUAGAUAUAUAUAUAGCUAGAAUUCACUGAAAGUCAAGUAUUUCAUACAUAUAUAUAUAUGAAAUACUUGAGUUGGUGAAUUCUAGCUGUAAAUAUACUCCCCUAUUAACCACGCCCUUAACCACGCCCCCAACCACCGCCACCCCCCCCCCCCCCCUCCCCCCACCUCCCGGUAUCAGAGGUCUCAAGGUUGGCAAGUAUGACAGAGCGCCAAUAAACCUUAAAGCAGGGGUGUCCAAAGUGCGGCCCGCAGGUCAUUUUUUAACGGCCCCACGGCACAUGCUAAAAAUACGAUUAAAAAAAAAUUAAAAACAUAAAAAGUGGUAUAAAAGAGCAAACAGGUGAAAUGUAACAAGAAAAUGUUGCAAUGUUGACUCUAAUAAAACAAAGCUGCCAUGCAUGCUGUUUCUUUCUUUAAAAAAUAAUAAUGAUUCAAAAUCAAUGUCAAAGGCUCCAAUUAUGUCACAUUAAAUAUUCCACUUUGAGAUAUUCUUUGGGAAAAAUGUUGCACAUUUUGUGUUUGCCAUAUAAAAAAACUAAGCUGUUUUUUUUUUAAAAGAAGGGCCUAAAACGAACAAACAAAAAACAUAAACAACAAUAAACUUAUAAUUGACGGAUAGAUCUGAAGAAGAUCUCGAGAUUAUUGUGUUAAAAGUAAACAGUAGAAAAAAUGUAUAAUGUAUUUUUUAACACUUGAAUGAGUAGGACCCUUUUGGAUCCCCAAUCAUUUUAAUGUGAUUUUUUUUUUAAGUGUCAUUGCUCAAAAAAUAAUAAUGAAUUAAAAUCAAUGUUGUUAGAAAUUGUCCUUUUUAAGGCUCCAAUUAUUAUAUAAUCUCAAAUAUUCCACUUAAAAAUUUUAUGGGGUGAAAAUAUUGCAUAUUUUAUGUUUUUUCCAUAAAAAACUGGGUUUUCUUUGACAAAAAGAGCAUACAACUUAAAUCUUUAAAACAUUUAUAUUGACAGAUAGACCUAAUGUUGAUUUAAAGAUUUAAACCUUGAAUAAUAAUACAAAUAAUACUACUGAAUAAUGACACAUUUUUAAUAUUUUUUUUGACCAAAACCCUUUGGGGUUCCCGGGAUCAAGCCUGAGUGGAGGCCUAAAGUUAUAUUUUUUAUACAUAUAUUGUAUUGGUUUUUUAAAUAAAAAAUAUAAAAAUGGCCCCCGCUUGCUUUGAUUUUUCAGUGUGCGGCCCUCAGUGGAAAAAGUUUGGACACCCCUGCCUUAAAGGCACUGCCUUCGCGUGCCGGCCCAAUCACAUAAUAUCUACGCUUUUAACAUACACACAAGUGAAUGCAAUGCAUACUUGGUCAACAGCCAUACAGGUCACACCGAGGGUGACCGUGUAAACAACUUUAACAUUGUUACAAAUAUGCGCCACACUAUGAACCCACACCAAACAAGAAUGACAAACACAUUUCGGGAGAACAUCCACACCGUGACACAACAUAAACACAACAGAACAAAUACCCAGAACCCCUUGCAGCAGUAACUCUUCCGGGACGCUACAAUAUACACCCCCUGCUACCCCCUUCGACGGCGUCUUCUCCCCGUCAUCUUUGUUGUAGCGGUGUAGCGUGCGAGGACGGGAGUGGAAGAAGUGUCAAAAGAUGGCGCUAACUGUUUUAAUGACAUUCAGACUUUACUUCAAUCAAUAACAGAGCAGCAUCUCCUCAUCCGGAAACAAAAACACCGGAAAUGUGUCUAAUAACUAAUGUUCCUUGGGUGAAUAAUGUAAACUCACUACACCGGUAUGUUUUAACGCUUUAAUGGGGAGUUUACUAACAGAUAUAAGUAAGAACUUUACAAUACUUUAUAUUAGAAAUGGCAACAGCGGGGUAUGAAUGUCCCAUAACAAGAAAAUAGAGAAAAAGAAGAAGCUUAUGGACACGGAAUUUAUCAGGACUUAUGCAGAUCCCAAAUACAGAUCAGCAGGUACCAGAAGGUAAGAAAAGUUGCUUUUGCGUAAUAUUGCGAAACAAAACGCCAGAUAAUGUCUUACCUUAUACACACACCAUACUAAUACUCGUAUGUUGAAGCACAUCAAACGGUGCAGCCUACACGUAUCUCUUAUGUGUGACUGCCAUCUACUGGUCACACUUAGCAUUACACCAUGUACCAAAUAAAAUAGCUUAGAGGUGGGUAAGCUCAACCAAACCUAUUACGUAAAUUAGGUGCACCGGGUUAUAAGGCGCACUGUCGAGUUUUGAGGGGGAAAAAAGGAUUUUAAGUGUGCCUUAUAGUCUGGAAAAUAUGGUAAUAGUGAAGGGAAAUGAAGCCCCUAAAACAAUUGCGCUAGGGGCCAUAUAUCCCUGUGCUUUGAAGUUUGUGGCUUGUAAACGUGACUACGUAACGUGGGUGUUAUUUCAUAUACAGAGGGAUUUCUGAGCCUUAAAAGCCGUACUUAGAAAGUCAUAAACAGUUUUUUUAUGCUCUACCUAUAAAAAUAUUCAAUUUAUAAUUAAUAAUUCCUACACUCCCUACCACAGAACCAAUUAACAGUGAUAAACGAGUGUUUACUGCAUAUUACUCUUGUAGAUGGACGGCUGAGUGUGAGCAUUAAAGACACAACCAACAAAAAUGCAGUUCAAGUAUGUAAAUAAUUUAAUAUUAAUGUUUUACAAGUGAUGUAAAUAUUUGUAUUAUAAAUAAUCAGGUUUAAACAAAAAGACUCCUAGGAUAGGAUAGGACUUUAUUGUCAUUGCACAAGUACAACGAAACUAUGUUUUCAGCACAAACCCGUUCAAGAUUAGACAAACAAACAGUGUACAGGGUUACAGAACAGGAACGCUGAUGGGUCGCCAAAGGCGCCCCGUAAAAGAUAAGAAAAGGGUAAAACGCUGGGGAAGAAGAUGAGUAAAAAAAUACAAUCUAAACUGGGCUCCUAAGGGGGCCUAGUCUGGAGUGGGAAAAACCUCCAUGCAAUGCACACAUAAACACGUUACAUUUAAUCACGACAACUCGCAACAGAGGGGCGGGGAGUUGGAACCCUGGAGGUCAACUGCUGCUAUGAAGCGCUGCCAGCCGACCAUCACCCUGAAGGGAAACAAGCAACUACAGUUCAGUUCAAUAGUCAUGUGUUUAUACUGCAGACAAUGUCCAAAGUUUAUAUGAAAGGGUAAAAAAAAAAGCUUUAAUUGAUCCAAAAGGGGGGAAAAAAGUGUUUUCCUCUGUGAGAUCCAUUCAAAACUGCUAUUUAUUUAAAAAGUAAACAUAACACAAUAAGUUGGCAAACACUGUGGGAAAAAAGCAAUUUUUUAGACAUGAUAUAUUUAGGGAGAAUGUUCGGCUACAAUAUAAACUUAAAUAGUACGGUUGUUUUAGAAAUAGGUCCGUAAAUGUGUCACAAUGACGCUGUGCAAAGCGAUGUUAAAUUAGCAAAUAUCUCAAUGGGCUUUUGAAUGGAGGUGGCUACAAUGCUGCGAACUAAAACUAUUAAAAGGACAUGUUGACUCACUGCUGAGUAGACGUUUCGCCAAAAAAAAAAAUGUUAAAUUGCAUGGGUAACAAGCAAACAAGCACAUUGAGUGUUGCUGCCAUGGGCCGGCCCUGCGUACGAUUACUUUGUUCUCACCAUCAUUGAACACAAGGUGAAAGUCGGCCAUUUGUGUUUUCUUACUGUAAACUGUGUACCAGUGUGUCUUUGUCUUUUCAUAUUUGAAAUGUAGUUGUAGGAAUUUGCACGACAAAUGUGAUCCGGGGAGAAGUUACAAUGAAAGUAUUCAAAUUGGACAGAGAAUGUUUCAUGUGUGCCUUUUUCACUGUCAGCCUUAUUUGGACCCCAAGAGGGGAAAAAAACCUGUGCCUGUUUUUUUUUCUUUUUUUCUUUGUAAUUGUACAACAAAAUUGUUUUAUUAUGGUUAUUGUCUUAAUUUAUUGUGUUUUUCGGGACUGAGGGCAACACGUGUUUUUGGUCACAAUUUUCAAAUAAAUGUGAUCCAGCAACACCCAUUUGUUUUUUUGGAUUGAACCUGGGUUUUGAUUUACUUCUACUUGUGUAAUCCAGUCAUGACCUAAUGCCAUUUAGAGGCAA